ACUACCAUCAAAUAUUCAUUACCACCUAACUCGAACACUGCCAGCCUCAAUUUCCACUAUCCAACGUGCUUGGGAUUUAAGAGGCAAAAAACAAGAAGACUUUAACUUAAAAUAUUGAACGAUCGAGGGAACAAAAUACUGAAAUCAAAAUAAGAUAGACUCCAAAUGGCGGAUGAUAACAAGCUCCAAAUUCCAAGAGUUAAACUGGGUAUUCAAGGACUUGAGGUGUCAAAGUUGGGAUAUGGGUGUAUGGGUCUAACUGGUGUCUACAACUCUCCUGUAUCUGAUGAGGAAGGGAUCUCAUUGAUCAGAUAUGCAUUUAGCAAGGGGAUCACUUUCUUUGAUACAGCCGAUAUGUAUGGAGCUCAUUCUAAUGAAAUUCUAGUUGGCAAGGCUUUGAAGCAGUUGCCAAGAGAAAAAGUUCAAUUGGCCACAAAGUUUGGCAUAGCAGGAAUGGGCAAUUCAGGUAUGAUUGUAAAGGGUACCCCUGAGUAUGUUCGGUCAUGUUGUGAGGGUAGUCUGAAGCGUCUUGAUGUAGACUACAUUGAUCUCUAUUAUCAACACAGAAUUGACACAUCAGUUCCCAUAGAAGAUACUAUGGGUGAACUGAAGAAACUUGUUGAAGAGGGGAAAAUAAAGUAUAUUGGGUUAUCUGAAGCCAGCCCAGACACCAUAAGAAGAGCACAUGCAGUUCACCCCAUCACUGCCUUACAAAUGGAGUGGUCUCUCUGGACUCGAGACAUCGAGGAAGAAAUUGUCCCACUUUGCAGGGAACUAGGCAUUGGGAUAGUUCCAUAUAGUCCUCUUGGUCGUGGCUUCUUUGGGGGCAGAACAGCUGUUGAAAGUUUACCAGAAAAUAGUUUAUUGGCAUCACACCCUCGCUUUCGAGAGGAGAAUUUGAACAAGAAUAAGCAACUUUACGAUCGAAUAGAAUCCCUUUCAGGGAAGCACCAGUGCUCUCCAGCACAACUAGCCCUUGCUUGGGUUCUCCAACAAGGGGAUGAUAUUGUACCAAUUCCUGGGACAACUAAGAUUAAGAACUUGGAUGAUAACAUUGGCUCGGUGAGUGUGAAACUAACAGAACAAGACAUGAAAGAAAUAUGUGAUGCUGUACCAGUUGAAGAGGUGGCUGGUGAUAGAAUUUAUGAGAGCAUGAUUAGUUCUUCCUGGAAGUUUGCCAACACUCCACCAAAAAAGUGACCUUCCUACCUAAGAAAAUGCCAUUUUGGUAUUUAUGAAAUUUAUUAUAUUUGAUCCUUGUAAUAAGAUUACAUGUUUUGGAUUGAGAACCAUGUUUGGUGUUCUAGCCGGUAGUAGACAACUCUUUCCAAUACAUAACUUACCAAAUAUUGUAAGAAUAUUGGUGUUCAAUUAGCGAGCCUAUUCCAAGCAUUUCUCAAGGAAAUCUUGCACCAACUAAACCGCCAAUAUAAUAAUGCAAGAUUAACAAUUUGAAAACCCAA